CCUCGUCGGUCGUUUCGGACAUUUUUUGGCAAACUGUCCUGCUGCAGGAAAAAAAAAAGUGAUUUUCACUCCGGAUUUGUCUGCUAUUUUCCAAAAGAAGGGCCGCUACAUUCUCCAUUUCAUCGCUGGGCCGUUCGUCUGCAGACUUUUUACUCUCGGAAGUGCGGAAUUUCUGUCGGACUUCAGCGCUUGACCGAAAUAAUGGCACAUUUUAAUAAAGGACCAGCCUACGGCUUAUCUGCUGAAGUGAGGAGCAAAAUCGCUCAGAAGUAUGACCAACAGAAGGAGGAGGAGCUCCGCUACUGGAUCGAGAAGGUGACCGGGAUGCCCAUCGGGGACAACUUCCAGAAAGGCCUGAAGGACGGGAUCAUUCUGUGCGAACUAAUCAACAAGAUCAAACCCGGCUCCGUCGACAAAACCAACCACUCCCAGCUAAACUGGCACAAACUGGAGAACAUUGGGAAGUUCAUCAAAGGGAUCCUGGCUUAUGGCCUGAAGCCCAACGACAUAUUUGAGGCCAAUGACCUGUUUGAGAAUGGAAACAUGACUCAGGUCCAAGUUACGCUGCUGGCGCUGGCCAGCAUGGCGAAAACCAAAGGCGACACGGACGUGGACAUCGGAGUGAAGUACGCCGACAAACAGGCUCGGCAUUUCGACGAUGAGAAGAUCAAGGCUGGUCAGUGUGUCAUUGGACUGCAGAUGGGCACUAACAAAUGUGCAAGUCAGGCCGGGAUGACAGCGUACGGCACCAGAAGACACCUGUAUGAUCCAAAGACUCAGACCGACAAGCCGCACGACCAGACCACCAUCAGCCUUCAGAUGGGAACCAACAAGGGAGCGAGUCAGGCGGGCAUGAUGGCACCCGGCACACGCAGAGACAUCUUCGACCAGAAGGUGGCGCUGCAACCGGCAGACAACUCCACCAUCUCCCUGCAGAUGGGCACCAACAAGGUGGCGUCCCAGCGGGGCAUGAGCGUGUAUGGCCUGGGCCGACAGGUCUACGACCCCAAGUACUGCGCCUCCCCCACCGAGCCCAUCAUCCACACCAACGGCAGCCAGGGCACCGGCACCAACGGGUCCGAGAUCAGCGACAGUGACUAUCAGGCCGAGUUCCACGAUGACGACUACCACGGAGGUUACCAUGACGACUACAGCUCCCACUACAACGACCAGGGAAUUGACUAUUAGCGCCCCACUCCGACGUUCUGACGCAGUAUUAUCGAUGUAUUUUCUCUUGUACACAACAGAGCAAGACUUUUGCUGUCCUCAUAGUCUCCCGAACAUGUAAACUGAACUUCUCCACCUGUGGUCUGUGAAGAAGCUGUCGUAGUGUAGAGUAACAAGCCUUUUUUCAUUUUUUUUUUAUCUCCCUCUUUUUCAACUUAACCACGGAACAGUAAAGUUGUGACGCUGCUGGAUUCAAACCUUUUCUACUGCUGGACUGAGGCCGUGCGAGAGGAGUCGAUCAAGGUCGUCGCUGAGUCAAUAAACCCAGAAUCUUGGCCUGUUAAUAUUUAAAAUGGCUUACUCAGUUGUGGAGAUAAAGUUCUGCGGAGGAUGAUGUCAGUGUAUUGGAGAACGAUGACUCGUUCUAUUGCAAACCUCUGUGCUGUUUUUAUGACGAUCGCAGAUUCAACCUCUUAAAAGACGCCGGUCAGAAAACACGGUUCAAAUCCCAAUGGCAUUUUAGUCUUCUCUUUUAAAUCUGUAUUUAUUGCAGCGUCUCUUUUUUUCGUCCCGCACUGUUGUCUUAUAAAUAAAAGCCAUUAAUUCCUGGACUUUUCUACGUGACAUUUUUAAAAAUAUAGAACU